AUGAACAACUCCAGUUCUGUUUUCCAGUGUCCGCUUACAGAUCCAAUCACGUGGCAUCCGUCGUUCACCAACAGAGCAGCAAACAUCUCCAGUAUUUCUGCCGUAGUCGUCCAGUGUUUGRUKAUACCGUUUAUUUUAUUAUUUAAUGGAAUAACUCUCCUUCUUGUAGCAAAGUUUUCAGACUUGCAAAAGCCUCGGUUUGUAGCCUUUGGUCUGCUUUCGGUUACAGAUUUCUUAAGUGGUGUGGUGGCUCAGCCUCUUCUUGUUGCUAAAGAACUGGAUCAUUCAUUGAACAAACAUGUGAACUGCGAGCUCGAUAGCGGAUUCUUUCUUAGCAGCUUCUUGUUAUCUCACGCUUCUUUUUAUCAGUUAGCUUUUCUCACAUAUGAGAGAUAUGUUGGCAUCAUCGAUCCCCUCCACUACCCAUACCGCAUCACUGUACCAAAACUACUUUGCGCAGCCGUAGCCAAUUGGUUGAUUCAGAUCUCUAUUUAUGUGAUAAUACAAACGUCUUCAACACGAAGCAUCCUCUUCGUUACUGUACCCAUUCUUGUAAUUGUGGUUUUGUUUUGYAUUUUGUAUUGGUACAUUAAGAUAUUUCAAAUAUUGAAAACACACCAGCAGGUGACUCUUGCACAACAGCAAAAUGUUCCUCAGGCAUCCGCCUUGGGMCAGCAUAUGGCAAACCGCAAAUCGUGUAUYACAGCUACGUAUCUUGUUAUMGGKUUUGGUUUGAGCUUCUUUCCAAUAAUCACCAGCACUUUACUUGUAUCAUACUAUGGCCCUGAUAUCAGASGACCUUUGUACUUUGCUAUUCUUCCAUGGGUAAGCCUAUGUGUUCAUUUGAACUCUCUUUUCAGUCCUCUUUAUUACGGAUUUCGCACUGCUGAAUUCCGUAAAUUUGUCCGUAAGUUUUUUGGUUUUCCGCCGGCCAACGAUGUUGCUCCCUUGCCAUUAGAAAUGCAACCAUCCUGCAAUACCCAUCUAUGAAGCAUCUCAAACGGCAUCUUCAUCGAGCGCUGUUAUACCUACACCUCUGCACAGGGAAGGACCAGCCACGCCAUUAGCGGGUUAGCUUGAAAGAGCAAUGGAAGGUACAAAGACGAUAG